UUUCUUUAUAUACAAUCCAAUAUGUCUUCUUCCGGCGUGGUGAGCAAGAAACUCAAGUUCAAGGGCGACAAGAGCAAGAAGAAGAAGAGGUCCCACAAUCACUCCAGCGGAACUCAAAGCGGGCGCGAUGAGCUCGAAGCGCUCGCUGCUGCCGAUCCCACAGGAUGGAUGUUUCCCGCAGGACCAAACGAGAUCAAUGGACCCGCUUACAUCCUGCUCCCCACCGAGCCUCUAACAUGUCUGGCCUGGGACCCGCAUAGGCAAAGAGUCCAUGCCGUCCCGGUCGAGAUACCACAAGCACCUGAAGGCGCCAACGACCUUUCCGAAGCUGAAAUACUACAGACGAUCGAGCCGACGGAUGUGAACCAUGUCUGGGUGGUAUCGAGGCUGAGCGGGAGUGAAGAUGUAAUCAGUCUGCGGACGAGCACAGGAACAUUCUUGACGGCAGAGCCGUCUGGGAGUUUCACAGCCACCACCCCCUCCCGCGGUCCUCUCGAAGCUUUCAUCCCCCUCUCUUCCUCUACAUCCUCCGAUCUCUUCCCAGCAUUUUCCUUUCAGACGCAGCACGGCUCCAAAUUCUUCUCCGCCCCCUCUUCCGGCGCCAAAGUCGAGCUCCGAGCCGACGCCGACGAGUCUGGAGCGAAUGAAGGACUGAGGAUCAAGUGCCAAAGAGAGUUCGUGUGGAAGGCUAGAGCAGGGGAUGACCAGUUGAGAGGAGAGAGGAAGGGAAUUGAGGUCGGAAGGGAUACAGAUGAACUGAGAAGACAGGAGAGAUUGAGCAGGCAUGAUGUCAAGGGACGUCUUUCUGCCAAAGACAGGGACGACGUGCGAAGGAAUGUGAAAGAAGGGCGAUAUGCUGAAGCUAUGUUGGAUAGAAGAGCGGCUCAGAAGAGCGACCGGUAUGCCAAGUAAUGGUAAAAUCAUGUACUUUCAUCUUUGCAUACAACUGCCCGUCUUUCCAUACGAUGCGGGACCCUGAGCACAUCUCCAACUGCAAGCAGCGAGUAGCCGACUUCGGCCAUGUCCGAUUGUUGACCCCCUUAUCUCCCGUUACUUUUUAUUUGCCGAGUACAUUUGCCGAGGUCCAAUUCUUACAUCGGGAAUUGGAAUAUCGGGUGAGAUUAGGUCCAAUCCUGAGAUGGGGGUCAAAUCAUAUGCCAACAUGCUAGGAUCAAGUGGA